AUGUUAUCCCUUUGUUCAUUUUUGAUACCCCUUCUACUGCUGCUGCUGCCGCUGGGGAUCUUAUUCUCAAACAUGUUUUUUGUUAUUCCUGACAUAACGUGGAAUACCAAUAAGGUGACAAUUGAUUCAGGCAAAAGAAUGUGUUCAUCUGGGUGGUGUGGGAGGCAUGACAUAAGGUAUCCUUUCAGGCUGAAUAAUAGUAGUCCAAGCCCCUGUGGUGAUCACAGGUACACCCUCUCUUGCGAGAAUGAUAACCAACUCUUUCUCUAUCUCAAAUCAAUCAAGUUCCAAGUGCAAUCAAUUAACUACAACAACUACACAAUUCGACUAGUAGAUGCUAAUGUUGCUCUGCAUAGUCAUGAUCUCUCUUACCCCCUUCCUUAUUCUUUAACCCCCUCCAACUUCACCGGAGCCCAAGAUGAACCAUAUCAUGAUUGGUUCUAUAAACAGCAUCAUUUAGUUGAUGUUAUUAGACUGUCAAAGCAGAUGGUAUAUUUGAUGAGGUGCCCACCAUAUGGAGUUGAAUCUUCUUCUGCUGCUGCAACCUGCAUGAAUGGAUCUUAUGCGCUUGGGAGUACAUUCUAUGUCAGUGAUAUUGAUAAAACUCUCCAGGAUUUGACGUUUGGAGAAUCGUGUCAUAUAGAGUGGUUGUACGUGACUUCAUGGCCUGCUGAAAUCAAACACAGAAAUAUUUCAUGCACAGACAUCCAUCAUAUGCUGCUCUACGGGUUUGAACUUUCUUGGUUGAAAGUAUAUUGCAAGUAUGAUGAUGCCAUGCUCAGUGAUCAUAACAAAGUCCUUUGUUAUUCUCAUAACCCUUCACUUAUAUACAUAUGGAUAUCACUUCGGAUUCUAAUGACUGGAAUGAUUUUUUUUGUUCUUGCCAAAUUUGCACUUGGAGCUCCAUGCAUCAUUAUCUUCUGCAUAUAUAAAUGGAGACGAAGGCAUUUAUCCAUAUAUGACAGUAUUGAAGAUUUUCUGCGAAGUGACAACAACAUCAUGCCAAUUAGAUACUCCUACAAAGAAAUCAAGAACAUAACUGAAAAGUUCAAGACUAAACUAGGAAAUGGAGGCUAUGGCUCUGUCUUCCAAGGAAAACUUCGAAGCGGUCGUCUAGCAGCUGUUAAGGUAUUGAAUGAGACCAAAUCCAAUGGCCAAGAAUUCAUCAAUGAAGUUGCUACUAUUGGAAGAAUUCACCAUGUUAAUGUGGUGCAACUCAUUGGUUUUUGUGUGGAAGGAUCAAAACGUUGUUUGGUAUAUGAGUUAAUGCAGAAUGGCUCUUUAGAAAAAUAUAUAUUUUCACCUCAAGGGAGUGCUUCCUUAAGUUGUGAAAAACUCUAUACCAUUUCCCUUGGAGUGGCACGUGGUAUUGAAUACUUGCAUAAUGGAUGUGACAUGAAAAUUCUGCACUUUGACAUCAAGCCUCACAACAUUCUUUUGGAUGAAAACUUCAAUCCAAAAGUCUCUGACUUUGGACUUGCAAGGCUAUCUCCCACUGAUAAAAGCAUUGUGUCUAUGACUGCAGCAAGAGGAACCAUAGGGUACAUGGCUCCUGAGCUCUUCUACAGAAAUGUUGGUGCAAUCUCAUACAAAGCUGAUGUCUAUAGCUUUGGGAUGUUGUUAAUGGAGAUGGCUAGUAGAAGGAAGAAUUUGAAUGCACACACUGAAAAUUCUAGUCAGAUAUAUUUUCCCUUUUGGGUUUAUGAUGAAUUGCAGGAUGGAAGGGAAAUAACAAUAGAAAAUGACACAGAUGAAGAGAUGAAGUUGGCAAAGAAAAUGAUGAUUGUGGCAUUGUGGUGUAUACAGACAAAGCCUAAUGAUCGACCUUCAAUGAAGAGAGUUGUGGAGAUGCUAGAAGAAGAUGAUGACUUAGAAAUGCCUCCAAAACCAUACUUCUACCCACUUGAUGCACCCACAGAAGACAAUGUUGAACAUACCACAACUCAUAGCAGUUCAUCGCUUUCCUCUGACAUCUCUUCAGUCAGUGAUUCAAAGGAAUAGAAAUAAUCGGUUUGGACCCUACUUUGAUAUAAUGUUGCAUGCUCUGUAUCUAGCUAGCUUAUGUCUUUGGCUAUGUUGUGUAUAUUAGUAUUUCUGAUGUAUAUGAUGACAAUAAAUUCGUUCCUAUGUGGUCUAUAUAUACGUGUUCAUCAACUUAGAUAAUAUAUAUGUGAACAAUAAUAAUAUUAUAAAAA